UCAGACAAGGGCUUCAGAAUUAUUGACAAUGAAGGAUCAGGAAAUUGCAUGUUCUAUGCUUUGUCAGAUCAAAUGGAACUUGCUUUGAGAAUCAAAAUCAAGCAUGACGAAUUAAGACAAACGUUGGUCCAGUACCUCAGAAAAAACCCUAAACUACCGAAUGGAACAACUCUGUUUCACUUCGUCCAUGGUCAUCAAUCAUGGGCUGAUUACUUAACGUACGUGGAGCAAGAUGGCGCUUGGGGUGACCAUGUUAUUCUAUGUGCCACAGCAAACUGCUACAAAACUUGCAUUCGUGUGGUCAGCAGUCUUAACGCUUCUCACGAUGUUAUCUUACGACCACAAUGUCCUGUUGACAAAAGCAGGACACUUGUGUUGGGACACAUCCAUGAAGUACACUAUGUUAGCCUUCACUCGACACAAG